AAGCUGAUUAAAAGUGUCUUCCUAUUAUUUUUUCCCCUUUGUUGCUUCUGUAUAUUCGGUAGUUCUAUCAUCCGUCCUUUCGCAUUUUCGAAAUUAAUUAUUCUACUUACCAUGUUCCAAAUUCUUUGCGGUUGAGACGGAUUUUGUACAAAAAGUUCCAAUGAUAAGUAACUAUCUCUCUUCUUCUUCCUCCCAACCAUCAUUUUCUGCCGAAAAUGGAAACAUCAGUAAAAGAAAAAGAAGGCCAGCAGGAACACCAGAUCCAGAUGCAGAAGUGGUAUCUUUAUCCCCAAAGACUUUAUUGGAAUCGGAUCGAUAUGUUUGUGAGAUCUGCAAUCAAGGGUUUCAGAGAGACCAGAACUUGCAGAUGCAUAGGAGAAGGCAUAAGUUGCCAUGGAAGCUUCAAAAGCGCGAAACGCCGAUAGUGAGACCGCGCGUAUUUGUGUGCCCAGAACCUACUUGCCUUCACCACGAUCCUCGUCAUGCACUGGGUGAUCUCGUGGGAAUUAAGAAGCAUUUUAGAAGAAAACACAGUAAUCAUAAGCAGUGGGUUUGUGAGAAAUGCUCAAAAGGAUAUGCUGUUCAAUCUGAUUAUAAGGCUCAUCUCAAAACUUGUGGAACUCGAGGCCAUUCCUGUGAUUGUGGCCGUGUUUUCUCAAGGGUGGAGAGUUUUAUUGAACAUCAAGACUCGUGCAGUAUGGGGCAGCUCCGAGCAGAUUCACACGCAUUNCAUGCAGUGUUCAAGGUAAACUGUGAUGCGUCUGGAGUUGGUAUUGGUGGUGUUCUGAGUCAGGAAGGGCGUCCAGUAGCCCUUUUCAGUGAGAAGCUAUCGGGAUUGAAGAAAAAUUAUUCCACUUAUGACCUGGAGUUCUAUGCCAUAGUUCAGACUCUGAAGCAUUGGCAUCAUUACUUGGUACAGAGGGAGUUCAUCCUUGUUAUUGAUCAUAAGGCCUUGAAAUACAUCAAUGGUUAG